AUGUCAUCAUCACCGGCACCGGUGCAUGCCAUGGACGCCGAAUCGCAGUCGCGGAAUCUUGCCAAAGCUCCGCCUACGACGAGCUCGAAACGGGACUACAAAGGCUUUGUUGCGGGUGUGUUCUCGGGAAUUGCGAAGCUGAGUGUUGGUCAUCCGUAUGUUUCCUUUGCCCUUACGCUUGCGCUUCUCUCCUCUGGCCCGUGGGCUGUAUUCGACACGGUCAAAGUACGAUUACAAACGAGUAAAGAUGCGCAUUUUAAGGGCCCCUUGGAUUGUGUGAUGCAGACAGUUAGGAAAGAGGGUGUUGCGGGCUUAUACAAAGGCGCGACGCCGCCGUUAGUAGGGUGGAUGGUGAUGGACUCAGUUAUGCUUGGUUCCCUAACGCUAUACCGUCGACUACUUCUUGAGAACGUCUUCUCGAACCCUUCAAUACGUGCUAUGACCCCGUUCGCUAAAUAUCAGCCUGACCCUCAUGCGCUGCCGAGUUUCGGACAUGGAAUUGCGGGUAUCAUGGCUGGUACGACUGUUAGCUUUAUUGCUGCCCCGGUCGAGCAUGUCAAGGCGCGCCUUCAGAUUCAGUACGCGGCAGAUAAGUCGAAACGGUUGUACAGCGGGCCAAUAGAUUGCACGCGCAGAAUACUGAGCACACAUGGCAUCAGCGGACUCUACCGCGGCCUCUGCGCGACGAUAUUCUUCCGCUCUUUCUUCUUCUUCUGGUGGGGCUCCUACGAUGUCCUAACGCGUCUAAUGAAGGAGCGCACAUCCCUCUCGGCACCAGCAAUAAACUUCUGGGCCGGCGGUAUCUCAGCACAGAUCUUCUGGCUCACGUCGUAUCCGUCGGACGUGGUGAAGCAGCGCCUCAUGACGGAUCCGAUGGGCGGGGCGCUGGGUGAUGGGGAAAGGAAAUUCCGGUGGUGGAAGGAUGCAGCGAAGGCAGUUCAUCAGGAGAGGGGGUGGAGAGGGUACUGGAGGGGCUUUGUGCCUUGUUUCUUAAGAGCAUUCCCGGCGAAUGCGAUGGCGCUGGUUGCGUUCGAGGGGGUGAUGAGGUGGUUACCUUGA